UUGAACAAACCGCCAAAGUUCGAAAACACACUUCAGCCGAAUUUGUGGGGGCUUCGAGAAAUGGCAACGAAGAAAAAGUUAAGUGGAAGAAUCCAACCAAACAUAACUUUUGAAACAUCCGGUAUCGAUUCUUCCGCCGUGGAGGACAAACUCUUCGGGCGAUCCGAUCACGAAGCAGAGGAGGACGAUGAUAAUCCUGCGGUUUUCUUCUGCGGGAAGUGCAAGCUGCCUGUCGGAGAUUCCAUGUCCUGGGAAGGAAGUGAUGCUGGACCGAAACAAAUAAGACUGAAGCGUGUUACCAACAAUGUCAUCGUUGGAAAGGAGACACGCGUACUUGAACUGAGUAAACGUUCGGUUUGCCUGGUUGUGGAUCUUAAAUGUCGCAGCUGCCACUCAGUGCUAGGCAUGGUCUACACAUCCACCCCCAGGAACCUGGACUACAAGAGAUUAGGUUUCUUUCUCAAUGUAGCCAGCAUUGACAGCUAUGUGCUCGGCUCUGGAGGCCACAUGUUGGCAGCAGGGGGCCCCAAAGAGCAGCCUGUAACACUGGAGUACAGGCAAAGUGUUGAACAUCAACUGUCAGAGAUGAAAAUGAUGGUUUUGACCAUGUCACGGAGGCUGGAGGAGAUCGUAGCCGGCCUCAAGGAGGGAUGCACCAAGGCUUGAAGAACAUUUUGUCCCAGUUCCACCUUGUGCACAAGAACUUACAGCUGCAGACACACAUACUCGUACCUUCCACUGGGCUUUGUCCUAAAAACCAGCGGUGAAACAAAGACUGCCUCCACUUGUAAUCAAUCAUCUUGCCACCUAGGCUCUGUGCGGCUCGCGGCAGCAUUCGCUCUGUGUGUCUGGUGAAGAAUAAAUUCGCACCAUGAGCAGAAUGUUUAUUUGUGCAGGAUUUUUUAUCAGGCAGGCUGCACACUCAGCACAAUGCGGUAUUGAUCUGGCCACUUGAGGCCACACACUCUUCUUUAUUCUGCUCCUUGGAUAGGCAGUCUGUUCUAGGUGUGUAUAUUUUUGCAAAUGAUUAAUUUUCCAAUUAAAGCAGUUAUUGAUGAUAAAAAAAAUGUUUCAAGUUUUUGAUUUAUCUUACUGAUGUUUGGUUGUUUUUAAACUGUUUUGUGUAAUAAAGUGUUUU